CUCCGCGCCACGACUCUUGUAGCCAUGGUGGUGCUCCACCGCCACCACAACAACAAGUUUGUAGUUCUUGCUGUGCCCGACCACCGCCUCCCAAACCAGUUAAAACCAAGUACAUUAUGCCUUGCUACAGAUAUGAAGACGGAAGAAUUGUGUGUCCUCUACCUUCAUCUGCACUAAAACGGAACGGAAUUCAAGAUCACAAAUACAAUGAAUGCGGCAGUGUUUCAUACAUUCGCAAGUGUUGGCAUAAUGCGAUUUGCAGUGACUACCCUAUCGCCAUUCCUGUUAGACGAGCGAAGAAAUGUGCCGCCGUUAAGUAAUAAAGACUCUUCUCGGGUGAGAAGGCUACCCGUAUCUGCAUUCAAGCGCAAUGGAAUGCAAGACCAAGAGCACUCGAAAAUGCUUGGCACUGCGAAUUUCCUUGUACGGUGUCCCCGGGACGUGUCCGUCGUUUGUGACGUGCGCGUGGACCCCGUCAAAGUGGCCGAUCCCGUCAAAGUACCAACUUGUUCAAAAAGCCCGCUCGGCUGUGUUUACCUGAAGAAGGCUCCUAUAGAAGUUUCUCUUGAAGAUAUAUUAGACGAAUAACAUUAUUUUGCCGCCAUGUUUGAAGCUUAACCGACACUAUAAAAACCAAGGAAUGCAGAACUGAGUUCUAUGACAAAUUGUAGACAUUACAUAAGAACAGAAUAAUAAAUGGCACUAUCUCACGUAAGCGGCUUUCUUCGUAUUCUUGACGAAUCAACCUACGUUGCUGAUGCGACGUGCGUGUGAAGUAGCCUGCGGGGCGCGCCCAAGACGGAAACCGUUUGUGGUUUCUUCCUAUGCAGCGGACCCUUACAACGAAAUACGACGGUUCCAUUCUGAAGAUGAACGGACAACACGUCGGCCACAAUCCGCCUGGCAAUCAAUCGGAAAAGAGAAGAUCCCGGAGAUUUGUAUUGAAACCUGAAUAGAGUAGUGAGAGCAAGAAUUCAGUACAAGUGUGUGAGCAAAAUGCGUAUAGUGUGUUGUGUGGACAGUGCGUUAGUGUUUGUGUGUUGUGCCGGUGUCUGAGGGGGGCCAAUGCGAAGGCGGCGCGGGAAGGGGGCGGGGCGAGGUGUGCGGUGACUGCCCGCUGCACCAUGCGACCGCCGCUGCCGCUGCUGCUGCUCGCCGCGUGCGCCGCUUGCACCGCGCAGAUUGCGUGGACGCCGAUUUUCCUUGACGGUAGCAGCCAAGUGGACUUGUGGACGCAAUCAUCGUCGGGGUGCGCAUGCCCCGGCGGUGAUGGCGACGACUGCGCGUGUUGCGUGCGCGACGGGGCGUGUCCCUGCGGCGAUGUCGCGCCGACGCGUUGUGCGCAGUGCGGGCUGGAACAGUACUGCGCGAACAUGUGUAACAUCACGAUCGACUCACGGGUACUCAAAAGCAAAUCUGGCAAGACAUUUGGCCAGAUCAAGUCACCUUCCAUCGAGGGUCCUGGCGCCUGUUCCUACUUCUUGCAGCCAGACGCUGGUCAAAGAGUCGAAAUACAGUUGUACCGACUCGUCUCCGUCGGAAAAUUUAAUGGCUCUAGUUGCGUUGGCGGCUGGUUGCAGUUGGGCAGCGCAAGCGCAGUGCCAGCGAGUGGCGCGGCGGAGACACGACUGUGUGGUGCCAACGAACGGUACACGCCACCCGUCGUGCUGUUCGCCGACCACGGCGCUUCUACUUUAGAAUUUAGGAUAACAGAAAAGACUGUGAGGUCACAGUUCCUCGCGUUCUUCAGUUUCACAUCGCUAAGUAAUACCCAAGGCGUUGGGUUUCACCCGAGGGGCGGCUCGCGGAUACCCCACACAGAUUGCGACUGGUUAUACCAGGACGUAUCGUGUCGGGGUUCUGGGACCUGUGUCCUGGCCAGUCCAGGGUAUCCAGGCCUCUACCCACCGCACCGAAGAUGUCGCUAUCUCUUCGCCACAAACUCUGUACACACACGCGUCAAGAUCAUUUUCACUUCUAUUUUGCUACCAAGAAAUCACUGCACGACGGAUUAUCUGACUCUGCGGGCGGGUAGCUCGCCCUCUGCUUCCCUCCUUGGCACUCUCUGCGCCGAGCGUACAGCUACACUCGAGCAUCCUGGACCAAAUCUCCUGCUGGAAUUCAAUUCCGGGCCAUUAGUACCGCCGUACGACUACAAUGGAUUUAUAGCCAAGCUGGAGUUUAUAGAGAGGAUCGACAGCAGUGGGGCCCUGCCCACCGUGCUGCCGGCCUCGCCGCCCUUAGCUGCGCUUACUCAUCACAUACAGCACGCGGAUAGAAUACCAGUAGAUAGUAGUGGAAUGACAAAUGAAGUGAGUGGGGGAAGCAACGCGAGGGUGGGAUGCGGCGCCACGAUCCGGGGCUACGGGCCGGGCGGCGCCAGGUCCGGCCACUUCGACUCCCGGGCCGGACCGUGGCGCUCCCAGUGUGUGAUACACUUAGUUGGAGCGCCCACCGACGUCGUCCAAGUAUCACUAUUUAAUUAUAAUUUAAGGUUACAAAGCUGUCGAUCUCAUAUUGAGAUUUUAGAGGGUCUUCACGAAUUUGGUGGAAGAGGGGAAAGAGAUAGAUCCGAGCGUGGGGAUCGAGCUCUUCUCAGGGUAUGUGGACCAGUCGUGAGGGAGGCCAGGGAUCCUGCCGGCCGGUUCCUAAUACGUCAGGCAGUGACGUCUAAAGGUGCUAACUUAACAAUACUGGUGCGGAGAGCGACUUCACAGUCUCAGGAUGAAGAAGAAUUUGUUGAUGGGGCCUUUGCGUUCCAUGAUGAGCAACACGAAGGAACUGCAUCACCAGAUGCGACAUGUGCAGCCACACAUUAUGGGCUCUCGUCACCAGCUCAUGGCGGAGUUUCCGCACCUUCACAUCAUCACAUUUUCUGGAACAUUGAGGAACGACUCCUCUGUACGCAUAGGUUCAUACCAGCUGCCAAUCAGAGCGUUACUAUUGAGAUCCAACGUCUGGAGCGUAUGUGGAGUGCAGAGCCGACGGGCACGGUAGGUGCGGGGGGGUGUCGCACGGCGUGCGGUGACGCGGGCUGCGAGUGUCGCUCCAACACACCGCUCUACUACCACGACCAUGUCGCCCUGGUAGCUGGCGACGGCACACACCUGUCCUGCCUCUGUGGAGACUUUCAGGCGGCGUGGUUGCCGGUCGUGGUGCGGAGUUGGACGAGUGUUCGGUUGGAGUAUUCCGUGGCACAUUACACAUAUGCGAGCCGCGGUUUUGAUUACGCGGCCGCAUAUAGUUUCAACGAUGAUGCCAUGUGCGGUCAACGCACGUACACCACUCACUCCGGUGAAAUAUCGUCCAGGAACGUGUCCGUUACGGGUAGUCUGAACGAGUUUUUCUAUCAACAAUGCACUUGGGUAUUAGACUCCAACGUUGAGCGGCAGUUGUUCAUUGACAUCACGUCUGAGCAGGACAAGUCGUGUGGGUCGUGGAACAUCACGUUGCACGAGUGGUCGGGGCCGGGCGGCGGGACCCAGGACUCGGGGCUGGCCGCUGCCGCUGGGGACCUCUUGUACACGUUCUGUGCCAGGCACAAGAAUCACACGUACACCCUACCCUGGCGGCUCAACACUGUCGUCAUUAGGUUAGUAGCAUUGUCUCGUCAGCAGCCGCUGUACACGAUAAGAUGGCGAUCGCAAGUGGUGCGUGCCAACACGCGCCUGGGGCCGCCCACACCAGCUCCAGCUGCGUCAGCCGCAGCCAACACCCUCAUUAUCACUAGACUCCUUUUAUACCUGCUUUGCUUACCACUACUAAGACUUUGAAACUAUACAGAACUAUGUGGUUCAAUUCAGUAUUAAAAACUUUCAAGUAUUAAAAAUUGUGACUUGAAACCAGUGCUUUAGAAGGUGGAGUGUGUAAAUCAAGCAAGUGAGUACAUAAUGGAUGUUUUUAUACAUACGUGCUGUGCUAGAUCAAAGAUUUUGUGACUAUGUGCGUUAAAUUCCAGUGAUUGAAUACGCUAAUUUUGGACUCGAGACAGCGAAUAAACUGAAUAUCAUCGUUAAAGGUCUUUGUUUUACUGGUGGUUAAAUUGUAGGUGAAAACAAAAUUUAAAUUUUUUUUUAAUUACAGGAGUGUUUUUAAAACAGAGGUCUUUCAUUGUAAUUCUUGUAUGUAUUAACAGUUCUAAGUUUAAUAUUAGACGUAAUUUCGACACAAUUCUAUUGACAUACUAACCAAGAUAUUGUUUUUAUUGUAAGAAAACCCUUUAACAUAGCUGUGGGCCCUGUGCGGAUGGAAGAUUAAAAUCCACGUUUUUGUUUUAUUUAAGUAUUUUUUAACAAUGUAACAUUAAUUUGUAAUUUUAAGUUGUAUUUAAGUUUUUAAUUGUUACUUUUGAACGACUAACUUGAUUUGUAACUCUCUAAUACGUACGAUUAUUACGUCUUGAUUGCCUUCUGAUACUUUUACUAUAAUAGAUCCAUCUUCAAGUAUGUAAUACGAAAAUAUCUGAGGACUGGAAUCUAACUUUGAUUAUACUGACUUAUAGAAGUUUAUUAUCAAAUACCUAAUGUUCAAGAUUGGUAUGUUUUGUAAUCUGGAACGUAAGUAGCCCUGCAUUUGAUUGUAAUAUGUAUUUUGAAUCACUGAAUCGCAGAUCUAAUACAGAAUACAAAAAGUUAUUUGACAUUCUAAAAGAUAGGUUUAUAUAUUUUUUGUAACUACGAUUCGUCUUUUAGCCAAAGGCAGAAUAAUGUUUAUUGUAAAAUAGUUUAUCUAACCUUGGACUAUGAGAUCUAGAAAUACCUAGCUCAAACGAAUUUCAUCAAAUGUCUACAUAGUUGGUAUAUGUAACAAAACUCCACAUUUUAAUAUUUCAAUUUAUAUUUUUUGUAAUACGACAAGACGAUAUAACAAACAAAAUAUUUCAAGGUUAUAAUCUACUUUUGUUUAGAUAUUUUAGGUACCUAAUUUAAAAAGGUCUUAUGUAAUGAAUGAAAGUAUAAAGGAAAUCAGUCAUUAGCAAAUUAAAUUGUUAUAAAUAAGAACAGUAGAGUGAGCAAACGAGUGUGUUUUCAAUUUUGUUGAUUUAUCUUUAGUUAUAAAUCUAGCUGCAGGGAGUAGCGGUCUGGUACAUGAAAACAAGCACAUGAAUCAAACGCUGUGUCGAAAAUAUUCUAACGGUUUAACCAAUCCAGUGUUGGCAAUAGUUGUUUAAUAUUUCACCAUUUUUAGCCACCACUGUCAGUAUAUUUCAAAAAUUGUUAGCUUUUCGAUCUAUAAAUAUUUAUCUUUUUCUAGGAAAUCAACUAUUUUGUUGUUGUUUGAAAAAAUCUUGUUAAAAGAAAAGAAAAUCUUACGAAAUGUAUCUAUAAAAUCUGGGCUGUUUAACGAGCCUAACAUCGAUAAAAUGUUUUUCGAUACCAUCUCGAGUUUUUCAUCGAAAUCUUGAUUCUGGCGAAACAAUAGAAUUGUAACAAAGUCAUGAAUAGCACUCCAAUAUCAUACCAAAGGAUAUUCGUAUCGAUAGCGAAGCUGUAUCGAUAUCGAUAGUCUGCUAGUGAUGUAAACAAUGUGCGAUCAACUAUUAUGUAAAUAUUGAAUGUAUAAGCUUAAACGAAUCCCUUAGAAUAGUAUAAAAAACCUCCGAAGACUUUUUGGAUAAGUAGGAAAAACAAUGUCGCUUCAAUAAAUUGUGCUUUUUUGACGCUGUUCUGUUUUUUGUAAAUUAUAUUUUAUUUUUGUUAUAUAAUAUAGACUUAGUAUGUAUAAAUGGCUGAUUAAAUAAAAUAACUGUCGUACUGUCAAUUAUAAAUUCGUAGAAUAAUAAAUCUGAAAUUGUUUUUUCUGCAUCUCGCUGUUUACUACUUCUCCGCAAAAAAUAUUAUUAGCUUGUAUGAACAAUUGUUAUUGUUUAAGUCUCAACGUAAAUUUAUUCUAUGCGGACACUCAGCCGUAUUCCACAAUUUUAUGUGCAAAUAGAUUUUCACUGAACAAUGAAAUAAAAAUCACCGAGCAAAAUGAAAUAACACUGCAAAGCAAUUGAAUCGAUUGAAAUCAAUUCGAAUAAAAUAAUAAAUGCACGAAAAAAUAUUUUAAUUACUAUCACACGCAAUUCGGAUAACAAAAAUAUAAAUAUUAAUCAUCUACUCCUGGAUUUUUAGCACUUCACGGGAAUUGAAUUUGCAAAAUAUUAUGGUACGUCAAACACAAAUCUCACGGUUGGAAUUGAGAGGUUUGUUGGAAUAGAAACACAAUUGAAACAGAAUAGGAAAUGUUUUUGCACGAUCGCGAUGUGUUAUUUGUUUUAGAUAUCGCGAUAGAUGAGAAAAGUAUUAUUGCGCAGUAGAUAGAACACGGAGAACUAUUUCACUGACUAAUGUUGUAGUCGAACUCGUGUUCAUGUGAAUAUUUACCACGAAUAUCUCAUUUCAUUUCUCUGAUACAUAAAGAUUGGAACGCGUGGAAACGCUAUAAAUGUAACCGUGGUACAGAUAUGUCAUGUCUCACAAUAUUUGUUUCUCUAUUUCUAUUCAUAGAAGUGUAGUUGUUUAAUUUUCAUAUCAAUUGUAGAAACUUCGCAAGCCAUUGUUCGGUAACAGCUUUAUGAAUACGUUUAAAUAAGUUCACGUUGAUCUGUAGCAAAUUUUGUGUAAUAUUAAAAAUUAUCAAUUAUGUAACUAGAUUAUAACAAUAGAUUAGAUGUAAAUAGUUCGGACAAAGUUGGCAUUAUCUCUUCUUCGUAAAACUGGGGAUAACCCAAACUUUGUCCUCUUUAGAUUAAAUAAAAAGCUAACUUUAAUAGGUAGGUAGAUGAUUCUACGUAUAAAAUAAUGAAUAAUGUUUGUUACACUGAAAUAGAUAAAAUGAAAGCAA